AGGAGGAAUUCCAGGCUCUGGCCGCUUGGCGGUGGGAGCAGUGAGCCGAGCGACAGUCCCCGGAGGAAUGCGUGCGAGGCGCCCUGCCUCUGACUGACGUGCGGAAGAGGCAGGUCAAGGCACCCGCAGCGAAACCGGACUAACUCGGAGGCAGCGGCGAUGGCGCUUCGAGAGGAGUUGUUGAAAGUUAUCUGGCAUGCGUUCACGGCCCUGGACGUCGACAAAUGCGGCAAGGUGUCGAAGUCUCAGCUGAAGGUCCUCUCACACAGUCUGUGCACAGUAUUGAAAGUACCUCACAAUCCAGUGGCUUUGGAAAACCACUUUAAGGACGAUGAUGAAGGCCCGGUUUCCAACCAGGGAUACAUGCCGUAUUUGAACAGGUUUAUCUUGGAUAAGGUUCAACCAAACAGCUUUGAUAAGAGUGACUUUAACCGAAUGUGCUGGACUCUGUCUGUCAAGAAAAAUCUGAACUGCAAUAACUUACUGAUCAGUGAUGAAGAUGCCUUUAAAGUGUGGUGUAUCUUCAACUUCCUCUCAGAAGAUGUGUAUCCGCUGAUCAUAGUCCCAGAGGAGGUAGAGUAUUUCUUCCGGAAGCUGACCGAGGCAAUGGGGAUUAAUUGGCAGCAGGAGAACUUUGAAGAUUAUAGAGCUCAACUUGGAGCCAAACAGGGUGGCCUCUCUGUUUGGGAAUUCAUCAGACUUGUUGGCUCAGGAUUGUACUUGAAGGGUAUGAACAGACAAACAUUAUCAAUGGCAAUCAAUGAAGUUUACUGUGAACUCAUCCUUGAUGUGAUAAAACAGGGGUACAUGUGGAAAAAAGGACAUAAAAGAAAGAACUGGAAUGAGCGCUGGUUUAUACUGAAGCCUGAUUUAAUUUCGUAUUAUGUUGGUGAAGAUCUGAUGGAGAAGAAGGGAGACAUUGCACUAAAUUCUAAAUGUUAUGUGGAGUCCCUACCAGAUAAAGAUGGAAGGAAAUGCCUCUUGCUGAUAAAAAGUUCUGACAGGAGUUUUGAGAUCAGUGCAUCCGACAAAAAAAAGAAGCAAGAAUGGAUCCAAGCUAUUCAAACAACCAUCAACCUACUGAAGGGUGAAAAGCUUCCUCCACACAUAGAAGGACGUCAAAAACGGCGAGAGCUGCGGCAGAAACAACAAGCAGAGCAGGAAGAGAUAGCACAGAGAAUGAAAGAACUGCAGCUAGCAAAUGAAGACAAGCAACAGGAGUUGGAAAAAAUGCGUAAGGAACUGGAGGAGGCUGCAGGACAAGCUGCACUUGAGGAGCAGAAACGUCUGCAGACACAAAUGCAAUUGCAAGAUCGAUUCAGACAGGAACUAGAGCAAGAAAAAAUUACCAGAGAGCAGAUGGAAAAGCAAAUGGCUCAGAAGUCUACCGAGUUGGAACAGUACUUGCAACGUGUCCGUGAGCUGGAGGACAUGUACCAGAAACUUGAGGAGGCUCUCGAAGAUGAACGGCAGGCUCGACUGGACGAGGAAUCUAUCCGUAAACUUCAGACCAGAUUACUGGAAGAGGAGUGCAGUAAACGACAAGAUUUGGAGAAACUUCACUUACUACAACAACAGACUAUCCAAAUGACUGAAGCAGAAAAGCAAGAGCUACAAAAUGAGAGAGCCAGAAAAGAGGAGGCCCUGCAAAUGGCAAUGAAGCAACUGGAAGAGCUUGAGCAAGAGAGAAAGCAAGCUCUUGCACAGUAUGGGGAAGUGGCAAAAAAAUUAGAGUUGGCGACUAGUAAGACAAAGAACUGGAAGGACAAGGUGGCACAUCAUGAAGGAUUGCUCCGACUCAUACAGCCAGGUUCCAAGGGCCCUCAGCUGAUCACUAAUUGGGGACCAUCUGCCUUCACAAAGGCUGAGUUGGACCUCCGGGAAAAGAACUGGCAGAAACAAAAAAAUGCAGCAACACAAUAAUACAUAUACCAUAACAUAUUAAAUAUUGGACUGUAUUUUGCCAGAUGCGUACUUUACUACACACUGGAAGAAAGUGCCAAGGAUGUGUUCUUUGUGGAAGCAGUAGUGGUUUGACAUGAAGUAUUUUAUACUAAAGUGUUAAAAUUCUGUGUCCAACUACACAGUGAACAAAAGAGGACGGUCCAUUUGAAGUCCAUGUGUACUUUUGUUGAAUGUCCUGAUUGCUUCAAUUAUUUUUAAAUUUUGAUUUCAACAUUCUGUAAUGCUUGCAAUAGGUUUGAAAAUAUUCCUUUUUUGCUUGCCUCUUUGAUUGCAUUUACACUUGAAACUUGGAGCCAAGCGUGACUCUGUUGGCUGAGUUGGGUAAUUUUGAAACAAGGUAAAAGUAGGCUUAUGUUAUGGAUUUCAUUUAUAGAACUUUUUUAAAAAAAUUGCAUGGAGGCAUGAAAUGGGAAAUUCCUGCAUAUUUAUAUGUAACUUUUCACUAGUCAGAUAUUGUGCAAUCACAAUGCCAUGAGUCGGUAGACCCUGAUGUGGUCAUUUUCAGUCAGGUGCCUGAUAUUAUACUUAGCUCAGCAGGAUCUCAAGAAAUGCUAGCCAAGGUGAAAAGUUGUACAUGGUAUUUGUAACCGUGUAUUCCUCACUUACUUACUUAACAGUAUGAUGCUUUCUAAAUCCUAAAAUGAUUAGCCUGUACUAGGAUUAAGUUCCCAUGAAUUUAACAUAGAUGUGUCGGUGAAGUGGUUAUUAAGAAAAUAAAGUAGAUUGAUAACAGUGAGUACUCUAACCUGAGGCGUAAUUGAAAGUAUGCCAGAUUUUUUUUUUUCUUGACUUCACUAUGAAUGUGCAAAAUAUUGCCCUUUGGUAAGAGUGCUGAAUUGCAGGUAUUUAUACAGUGACUCAUUAUUAAGUUAGCUAAUUAAAAAGCAGAGUUUUAAGUUGGCUGUUAAAAUA